AUGUUGGAGGUUCAAGAUUAUGGACGAGUUACAAUGUGGAAAAACAAAAUUUCAACUAAAAAGACAAGGUUGCCCAGGACUGACCCCAAGGCUGACCCUGUGUCACGUGGUCUUGACCCUGUGUCACGUGGUCUUGACCCUGUGUCACGUGGUCUUGACCCUGUGUCACGUGGUCUUGACCCUGUGUCACGUGGUCUUGACCCUGUGUCACGUGGUCUUGACCCUGUGUCACGUGGUCUUGACCCUGUGUCACGUGGUCUUGACCCUGUGUCACGUGGUCUUGACCCUGUGUCACGUGGUCUUGACCCUGUGUCACGUGGUCUUGACCCUGUGUCACGUGGUCUUGACCCUGUGUCACGUGGUCUUGACCCUGUGUCACGUGGUCUUGACCCUGUGUCACGUGGUCUUGACCCUGUGUCACGUGGUCUUGACCCUGUGUCACGUGGUCUUGACCCUGUGUCACGUGGUCUUGACCCUGUGUCACGUGGUCUUGACCCUGUGUCACGUGGUCUUGACCCUGUGUCACGUGAGACCUCCACAGCUUGA